AUGUCUGACAGCAGUGAAGACUACAGCACCGAAACGUCGAGUAGUGACGAAGAACCAGUCUUUCAUAAACCUGUCCUACUAAAAAAGUCAACUAUUAUACCCAAUCCCGAUACUAUCGAUAAUAAUGAACAGAAAGCACAAGAUAAAUUAAAACGGUCAAUUGAUCAGGCUAAUCAAAUUGCCUAUGAGAGAGAUGAGCUGCGAAGGCAAACAGAGUUAAGUUAUUCUGCAUCAGAUAAAGAAUUAAUACGAAAGACUUUAGAGAUUGAUGAUGACGAUUCUAUUGAUCCAGCAAAAGAACUAGACCUAUGGUCUCAGCGACAACAGAACAGAAAAGAACGCCAGAGAGCUAUAUUAGUUCGGAAACAACUGUCUCUUGAACAAGAUGAAAUAAAUAGGAUAAACAACCGCGAUGACAUAGUGAACUAA